GAGACAAAACAAUCAGACGAUUUAGGGAAGGUGUUUGGAGGCUGGGAGUUGUUUCAUAAACGCUGGAGAGCAAAUUAACAGAAAAUUAGUCAGUGUGGGUGGCGCCUUCGUCCCGCCCACUCCCGCGCUCUGUGAAAGUCCCCGCAGCGCCGCGAGCCUCCUGCCGGGACAGGUUUGCUUCUUCUCUCCUGCUGAGACCCAGGAUUCCAGAUCAAAAUUGAAAAAAUGGUUGAUCUCACCCAGCUAAUGGAAAAUGAAGUAUUCAUGUCCUUUGCCUCCUAUACAACGAUUAUACUUUCAAAAAUGAUGUUUAUGAGCAUUGUAACUGCAUUCUACAGAUUGACAAGAAAGGUUUUUACCAACCCAGAAGACUCUGUAGUCUUUGGGGGAAAAGGAGAAAAUGCCAAGAAGUAUCUUCGGACAGAUGACAACGUGGAACGUGUACGAAGGGCGCACCUGAAUGACCUUGAAAAUAUCGUGCCAUUUUUUGGUAUCGGCCUCCUAUAUUCCUUGAGUGAUCCAGAUCUCUCUACAGCCAUCCUGCACUUCAGGCUCUUUCUUGGAGCACGGAUCUAUCAUACAGUUGCAUAUUUGUUACCUCUUCCCCAGCCAAAUCGUGCUUUUUCUUUUUUUGUUGGAUAUGGAGUUACUCUUUCGAUGGCUUACAGAUUGCUGAAGAGCAGAUUGUACCUGUAAGGAGAAUUAUACAACUCAUUAUCUAAUUAGGUUCUAAGAAUUCUGUACUUUCAAUUUAUAAUGAAUACUUUUAAGAUUUUAAGUGGGAGGAAACAGAGAAAUUAAGAUGGGGAAUACCUAGUCUGAAUAUGAAUAUCAACAGAAUUCUUUAUUUUUAUGUUAUACUUGCACUAGAAAUGAAAAAUAAUUCUUAAGUCUUUUGUCUUAUUCUUAAAGUACUUUGUUGUAAAUUUGGAUUAUAAUUUGUAACAUUCGUUCAACAUUUUAUAUUUUAAAUCUAUAAAAAGAGGGAGUGCACGUAUGAGAAACCUAUAUUUCGAUAUUGCUGAAAUAAGCAUAUGAAAUAAAGAAUUUAAAGAAUA